UAUAACAAAUAAUUUGAGGAUGUCUGGAAAAGAAAAUAAUUAUAAAGUGGGUGACUGUGUCUGGGUCAAACUGAAAGGAUUUCCUCACUGGCCAGCAAGAGUUGAUAAGAUAGAAAAUAAGAAGUACACGAUGUUUUACUUUGGAACACACGAAGUUGGGAAACAAAAGAAGAACACCCUGCUCCCUUUCGCGCCGUACCGGGACAAGUUCACUCUGUUCAAGGGAUCCUAUCCCAAGGUGUUACUGGAGGGAGUGUUAGAGGCGGAGGUUAACCCGGGUGCUAAACCUGACGACACUCUUUCUGGUCUCAACUCGGAUGCUCAGAUUUGGAUGGUAAUGGGAAAAGAAGGCCAAGAAGAUUUCAAGAAUCGAUUCCCCGAAAGAGCAGCUAAAGCUAUUAAAGAAGCAGUGUCUUAUACUAAAGAAAUGAAGCUGGAGCGACUUAAAGAAGGUAUAAAAGAAGACACAGAUAACAGUUCCGCAGAAGAUAACGAAACAGAAACAGAAACAGAAAGUGAAAUAGAGGUAACUUUCAACACAUCAGCGGGGAGCAGUAAGAUAGAUACCAGUGAUGGUGAACACGUGACCAAAGGCCACGUGGCCAGUGAUCACGGAGAUACCACUGAUAAACAUGAUCCGAGCUCUGAGGAUAUGGGGAGAAAACACAGUGGAGAGAAAAGUCGGGUAACUGACGAGAAGAAACAUAAACAGGCGGAUAAAAUAAAGAUAUUGUCUAGGAAAAGAGUAAACUCUGAGACAGUACCUGGAUCUGAAGAUGUGGGUAGCCCCGUCAGAAAGAGAAGACGGACCCAGUCUGAGUCCCUGAGGAACAGUUCCUCAACUGGUACCCGACAAAACACAAUCAGCGACCUUACUGACUGUCUCAGGUAUUCACUCAGACAAUCCCACCUGAACGUAGGAGCUGCACACAUGAUACUAUCAGACAUUGAAUCAUUGCACGUGACACCUGCAGAUAGCAUCGAACUCUUAAUAUCGUCCUUGAGUUUAAUUAGUCGCUUAGAGACACUCCCAAAAGUAAGGGACAGAAGCUCAAAACUUCUUUCAGAGAUUGAUGGUACUGGUAGAAAUCCGUAGGAAUUAUGUAUGUUUAAUAGGUGGUAUGCUUUCUAUUUAAUUUUUAUUUAAGGUUAACUUGAUUAUUUAAUGUUAUUAUUGUGAUUUUGAUGUUAUGUUCACCGGCGGAGGAUAUUGCUAGUAUGACCCUUGUUUUCACUUCAAUGUAUCGUUUUAAAAUUGUAUUGAAAUGAAAUUGUUUGAACAUUGUCAGCCGUAUAAAAAGUUAC